CUUUAUCUCCGAGUGCGCGCUUAGCAGUGAUGACCAGACCAACCAUGUGGUUGGGAACUACUGGACGCCUCGAAACAGCUGUGCAGUUGCUAACCAGUGGCCAAUGGCAGCUGGAAGCGGUCAGGAGUGUAGGAUCACAAACGGUGGUAUUCAAAUCGUAGCCUAUAUGAAGAUGGCAAUGAAUUACAAAGCACACCAUGCGCACGGAUUCCUUUGAACAAGGAUGCGCUGGUUUUUCAAGACAACGGAGCAUGGGCAGAGAGGUGCUUACGGACUUGUUUGUGGAAGUCGACGCUUGAGCUCAUUAUGCCGGGUUUAACCAAACCGCUGAUUUCGACUUUGCUUCUCUGUAUUAUCUUUACUGGGGAAUGCCGUAGACACGGACAUCGUGUGAGGAGAUGGACUGGAACCGUGGAGAACCAAAAGCAUGGGACUUCAUUGUCAAAGAAGCCUCCAGAUGUGACGAAAUCUCGGAAGCUGAAGACGGAGCAGCUGCUGAAAGUAGAUGAUCAUGAUUUCACCAUGAGACCAGCAUUCGGAGGCCCCGCUAUCCCCGUUGGAGUGGACGUUCAAGUAGAAAGCUUGGACAGCAUCUCUGAAGUAGAUAUGGACUUUACUAUGACCUUGUACCUACGACACUAUUGGAAGGACGAGCGCUUGUCCUUCACCAGCACCACCAAUAAGAGCAUGACCUUUGAUGGGCGGCUGGUGAAAAAGAUCUGGGUUCCUGAUGUGUUCUUCGUCCACUCCAAGCGUUCCUUCAUCCAUGACACCACCACCGAGAACAUCAUGCUGAGGGUGUUUCCUGACGGACAUGUCCUCUACAGCCUCAGGGUGACAGUAACGGCAGCCUGUAAUAUGGACUUUAGCCGUUUUCCUUUGGACACCCAGAGCUGCUCCUUGGAGCUUGAGAGCUACGCCUAUACGGACGAGGAUCUAAUGUUGUACUGGAAGAGCGGGGAUGAAUCUCUGAGCACGGAUGAUAAGAUCUCUCUAUCUCAGUUCCUCAUCCAGAAGUUCCAUACCACUUCACGCCUAGCCUUCUACAGCAGCACUGGUUGGUACAACCGUCUCUACAUCAACUUCACCCUGCGGCGCCACAUCUUCUUCUUCCUGCUCCAGACCUACUUCCCCGCCACCCUCAUGGUCAUGCUGUCCUGGGUGUCCUUCUGGAUCGACCGCAGGGCCGUGCCUGCCAGAGUCUCCCUGGGUAUAACCACCGUGCUGACCAUGUCCACCAUCAUCACUGGCGUCAACGCCUCCAUGCCCAGGGUAUCUUACAUUAAAGCUGUGGACAUCUACCUGUGGGUCAGCUUUGUGUUUGUCUUCCUUUCUGUGUUGGAGUAUGCUGCUGUCAACUACCUGUCAACCGUUCAAGACCGGCGAGAACGCAAGCUACGUGAGCGAGCUAGGUCACAGUCUAUACCCUGCACCUGUGGCAUGUCUCAGACACGCACCAUGAUGCUGGAUGGCACCUACAGUGAAGCUGAUACCAACAGCCUGGCAGGCUACACUGAGGACCCCAUGGUGCCUGAGGAGGAGCCAGAGAUGCAUGAGGUCUCUGAGAAACCAGAGCACAUGGUUGUCCACUUAUCUGUGAGCAGUGAAUCAACCACUACCAAGAAGAAAGGCAUACGGGCCCUGAACAUCAUUCAAAACACUCAUGCGAUCGACAAGUACUCUAGAAUGUUAUUCCCUGGAUCCUACAUCUUCUUUAAUCUCAUCUAUUGGUCCGUUUACUGCUGAGAAAGAUGUUUGAUACUGUAAAGAGCUGAGGGGAGUUGGAAAAAGAAUAAAGUUGUAAGGACAUUUUGGGAUGCAAGACCAACAGUACGUUGAAGAAGAAAACAUUAAUUAUUCUCGGUGGCAAUGCUGAGAACACACACAGUCAUGUAGGAGUGUCCACAUUGAAUGGAUUAUCAGAAUUUACACAGACAAUUGUACGAAUGUUUUGGAGUUGGAGUUUUGGAGUUCAAUGUUGCAUGGACAAGGACCCAGAUUCAAACCUUUCGUACUUAAGGAAGUUGAAGGCUUCUGUUUGGCACAGACUUCAAUAUAAAAAUGAAUGCACACUCCAGUAUCUGCAGUUUUAGACAAGAUGCAUUUUCAGUUUUUGCACGGUUCUUUUUGGAAAACCAGUAGAGGUUGUCUAAGGAUCUCUCCUAGAGUUUACAUUCUCUGAAGGUGUUUAUGAAUAUAGUGACAACAUCUCCUACUUAACUAAAUGAAAAAGACAAAGACUGCCAGCUAAAUUUUUCAACCACUGUUGCUAUUGUGAAUUUCUUGACGUUUAUUGACUGAGUAAGCUGUGCAAAAUGGUAUCACAUAGUGUUAAAAAGCUAUUUUGUCCGUACUGCUAUUAAUCUCUGAGUACUUCGUCAGUUUGUCGUUUAGCCGGUGAUUUAUAUAAAGCAUUGUUGUUUGCUUUGUGUUCAAGUCUAUUUGACCAAGCACCACAUCACCUGUCUAUUUCAGUGCAGUGUUUAAAAGAAGGGUGUGCACUAACUCUCUUCACGUGGGAAAAGGUGUCACCAAAUAGUGAUGUAAUUAUGUAAUGUAAGUAAUGUACUAUAACGUGUUUGCGGAUCACUGCUUGUUUUAUGCGGUAGUAAAAAGCUGUUAAAGGGUUAAUAAUUAUUACCAACCCUUAAUUUGGUUCUCUGCUUUGACAAAAUGGUAAAGAAACUGUAUGCGUACACUUACCACUACCAAAAUACUUUCCAGUCAUUUUCAAGCAUGUUUGUAGCUGGCUAAAUUGUUUGUGACCUACAAAUGAAUGUACUUUAAGCACAUGAAGAAAGAAAAAAUAUGAUUAAACAUUUGAGAUCCAUACUAAGCAUGUCUUAAGUUUAAUAUUUUUCAAUUAUAUAAUUUUUUAUCAACAUAUAUGUACAUGUAUAAGAUUUAUAAAUAUAACACUUUUUUAAUCCACUUUCUGUGUGCACAUGCAAAGCUUUAUUCAUUCAUUUAAUGCAACUUUACUUACAGUAAUAGAAAAUGUAAUAAACAUGGUGUGUGGCUAGCACUUAAACCACUCAAUUUUGAC